UGUCCUGUGAUGUACGCGGAAGCAACGUCGUAGCCUCAUCACGACACUGACAGUGAGGUGGACAUUUCUGCGAAGCACUGUUUUGCCGUUUGUAAAGAGGUUCUGUCCAGUCCUGCUGACACGGGUCCUGCAAGUCAUCGCAGUUCGUCGUUCGCCCGCGCUAUCGGCUGCGAAUUGUACAAUGCUCAAGUGUGUGCGGGUGGAAAGGACCUAGUUGGAGCAUUUUCGUGAGUUAACGUGAGCUUGAUUUUCAAGACGUCUUCUUUCAGUCCAGGUGAGGGUGUCCUCGCGAAAGUUUGCUUCUUUAGAGAGUGCUGUUUUCAGUUGCAAAGGGGGGAAUUCAGUUUGCAUCACGCGUGCCAGGACUGGUACCAAGGUGGUGUGAAAACUUGACUCUUAUCGUGGAGCAAGAACUUGGGUGAAAAUUCAAGAACCUUAACGAAAACACCAAGAAGAUAGAGGGUCCAUUACAGCGUACAUGAACAGGGUUCUCAUGCUGCUGCGUCAUGAAGUCUGGUCUUCACCAAGGCGGAAUGUCACGAUAAAUUGAGGUGUCGAAUUUUGAUGAAGCAGAUGCCAUUUUGAAGGCCAGAUCAUCUCCGUGCAUCAAACAAGCUGUUGUUCAAGCGCAGCAUUUAAACGCUCACUGUCGUUUACACAUACUUCUAUCGUGUCUGACAUCCUAGUAAGUCAAAUUCCUCACCGGAUCAGAUCCAACGAAAGCACUAAGUGCACCGAAGGAGUCACUAAGGACAUCUCCAAAUCCAUCCUUGAAGAUCCUUCAUCGACCAACUAUAGUUUUUACCUAGAGAGCUCCCCCAGAUCCCACCAUGAGCCUGGUGGGUGGCUUCCCGCAAGCCUUCCCCCCUGAUACCCUAUACCCAUACUAUGGAGCCCCCAGCGCAGAGUACUUGGGCUGGCUCUUCAGCACCGACCCUGGACAAGCCUCUGAGCUGAGCCCGUCCUCCUCGUCGUCUCCGGCCGGCGGAGCAGUGUGCACGGGGCCAGAGGGCCCCUGGGGCCCUCAGGGCCUUAUGCCACCUCACCCCAUCCCGCGAGACCCCCCAGCCCCUGCACGGGGGGGCAAGCGCAGGGUGACCGCCAACCGGAAGGAACGUCGACGGACGCAGAGCAUCAACAACGCCUUUUCAGAGCUACGAGAAUGUAUUCCCAACGUCCCGGCUGAUACAAAGCUAUCCAAGAUAAAAACAUUAAGACUGGCGACAUCGUAUAUCGCGUACCUGAUGGACCUACUUGAAGGACCUCCAGGGGCAACACAGGCGUGCUUCAAGGCAGAACUCCACGGAAGAGGGAAAGUGUUGUUGGGGCCGUCGCCUGGAUCGGACAGUACGGCGUGCGGUGAUGAUCUGCGGAACAAGGACCUGGCAGCAAUGAUGCACACCAUGCAAGCCGAAAAACGAGGCAAGGGUCGAACGGGCUGGCCUCAACACGUCUGGGCGCUUGAGCUCAAGCAUGACGCUUGAAGAGACUGGACCACCGACGCCCUCCACACGGCUCUCCAAACCAAGGCACCACCGGCACCGACAGACGGAGUCCUAUUCUCCGGCUUGUGAAGGAACGAGACAAUAAUGAACAAUCUGGACUCAGUCUCCGUCUAACAGUGAUGUGCUGUGACGUUCCUUUGAUGUUGGGUGGACAACGCCAGCAAAUUGUGAUAAAAUACACUAGGAGAAACGUACUGUAUGAAGUAUAGACAUUCUCCAUGGCAUUUCGUCGUACAGCUACACUUCGAACAACGACCGAAGGCUUCCCUCCUUUUCUCUCUCUCUCUCUCUCUUUUCUUUCAUUUUCAGUGACGUAAAAUUGAGCAGUGCUCUUUCAAACUGUCCACUGUUUCAGGCAGCUUUAGCAGUAAGCGUUCGGUGCGUUCCGAUGCUCAAUAAAAACUCAUGUGUGUGUGUUUUUUUUCUCUCUUUUUCUUGCAUUAUCGCGUCUUUUAUGCAAAACGUGCCCACGCACCAGGCUAGAUACAAUGCGCACGUCUUCAGCGUGGCUACUGGUCCGUGUAAAGUGUUGUGAAAUGUACAUAAAGCGUAAUUAGAGGCACGAGAACCUGACAUAAGCCUUCCCGUUAAUUCUUGGUAGCGAGUGCAGUUAUAGGUUGGCGAUGUAUUAUAGAUUGCGUUCUAGUGGGUACUACUUUUCUCUCUCACACCAUUCACUCACCACGCGUAAUUAUCACAGUGCAUCGCUAUACGUGAAAUGUAGGAAACACGCAUUUGCGCGAUAAAGGUGUUUCACAAAAUGCUGACGCGAAAAGAGGUGUUGUUCCACAGAUAUCGUCGCAUUAUCUCAAGCAAUGCGUCACUGAUAACCGAAUGCCUGUUACACCAAAAAGAUGUUGCUAUCAAAGGACUCGCGACAGAUGCAUGCUUCCACACACGAUUGUCCGUGUUUUUCUUUGUUCUAUCUGGUCUAAUCGAUACACGAUUACUUCUCUGUACUUCCUAGUAUUUGCAAAAGACUGCAUUGUUCCGUACUUAUUUUCACAUGGAACAAACGUAAUAUGUAACUCAGCUUAUUUAUUUCCGCUUUUCCUUUUUUUUUCUUCAAAACCUAGAAAUACGCUGUUCGUUUUCUAGUAUCGCGAUAUUUUCGUUUCUCCGCGUUUUUUUUAUUUAUUUUAGUUUACUUAUCAUGUUAUCGUUUCUUUUUAAAGGUUCUCUGCACAUUUACGUGCUUUCGUCUUACCAUUACCUGGCAGAAUACUCAGUGAUCAUUAAAAGAAACCUCUCGAAAGUACUCAGCCUCCACUUAACAGUAUUAAACGUGUUUCUCAUAGAUGUGGUUCCUAUGCAUUCAGGCACGGCAGCUUAUGUGCACUGUCUACAACAUUAGUAAGCCUUUUUGAGGUGCUCGUUUAAAAAUGGCUGCGUUUGCGAACGGAGCAUUGCCCUGUAUGCGAUAGAUCCGGUUUAUUUACCUAAAUAUGUUUUCAGAUUUUUAAUUUUUUUUUCUCCAUUGGUGCAAGGUGAUGUAAUAUAGCUUCAGAGUAAGAUAUCUUGUAUAAAUAUGUGCAAUAUUUUUCGGUUGAUAUUUUUUAAUAAAAAUGAUUUGUUUGACCUGAAAA